AUGCUAUACCAAACCGACCGCAUGAAGUCGGCGUUAGAGAAUCUCUACGCCCAGCUCAUCAAGUUUUUCAUCAGGGCGAUUCAAUGGCUCCAAGAAAGUCCACUUCAACACAUCUUGCAUAGCAUCACCAGGCCGCCCGACUUACGGUACAAGGACCUUCUCGAGGAUAUUGACUGCCACUCCCGCAGAAUUGAUCAGCUCGCUGUCUCAGGAUCACAGGCUGAAGUAAGAGCCAUUCAUAUGGAAGUUGUUGACGCACGUGCCACUGUCAUGGACAUAAAGAAAAUGAUGGCCGAGUUUCAAGCAAUCAAUUCUAGUACGGCUAUCGACACGAACCAACGAUUAACUGAUAUUCAGUUCUCCAACAUUACCUCCAGCAUGGCAAUUUCUCCACUAGGAGAUCACAUAAAGACACUCCAGCACCUUGUGCUCAUGGCAAAGCGUGCUAGGAUGCCGGAAAAGUAG